AUGGAAUCUUCGCAAACCACCUAUGAUAUUGCUAUUGUCGGUGCUGGGAUCGUUGGCUCGGCCUUGGCUUAUUUUCUAUCCACUACUCCCCAAGAUGACAAACGUGUGGCCCUCAUUGAUCGGGCCUUUUCACCAUUGAGGGGUUCGACAGGACAUGCGCAGGGUAUCAUCGGACAAUUCAAUGAAUCCGAUAUUCUCACUCGCCUGGCUAUCGAUAGCGUCAACGAGUAUACCAAAAUUCCGGAGGGCUUCGACAUUGUCGGGGGACUCGAGGUUGCCACUAGCCCCAAUGGAAAUGACAGACUGAAUGCCAGAUAUGAUAUGGCGAGGAAAGCUGGGCUGCCUGCUGAGCUUAUAUCUCCCCAGCAGGCGGCCCAAAUGGCUCCAGACUUAGUGAAGGAGGAUAACUUGCUUGCUUUGUUCUUUCCGAGCGACGGUACAGCAAACGCUACCCGGAUCACAUCUUUUUACCAGGAAGCUGCAGGGGCAAGGGGUGCUAAGCUCAUCGAAUCAGACGCCAAGCAAGUCCAGAUCAUUGACGGUUGUGUCACUGGGGUCAUAACCACAGCUGGGUUGGUUAAGGCAAAAAGGGUGGUCAUUGCGACCGGUAUUUGGGCCACACAGCUUUGUGGUAUCGACGUGCCAAUCCCAGUUAUAUCAGUUGCACAUCCAUACAUGUAUGGUCAGCAGCGAGAGCCAAUGCCGUACAAUGCGCCGUGGGUAAGGUGGCCGGAGCACCAUGUUUAUGCUCGUGACCAUGGCUCUUUCUAUGGGAUCGGGUCCUAUGCUCAUCGACCUGUACAUGAGGAGCCUAAAGAAGCGGCAACUGGCGAUUGGAGGGAGCAGUUCGACGCAACACUGGAGCAGGCUCGAAGUCUACUGCCAGCGACAGCGGAGCUGAGCGCAAGGGAAAAGUUCAGCGGUAUUUUCGCUAUGACGCCAGACAAUAUGCCAUUGGUAGGAAGCAUUGGAACAAUUGGUGGUCUCUACAUGGCAGCAGCAGUGUGGGUUACCCAUGCAGCUGGAGCAGCCAAAUUCCUCACCAAAAUAUUGAGAGGAGAGGAGGUUGACGAGCACAUGAAACAAAGGCUGAAUCCAGUAAGGUUCCAGGGAAGAUGCAUGGAAAUUCUGAAACAAGAAUCGUUGAAUGGGUAUAAUGAUAUAACGUUCAGUACCGCCCAUAAUUAA